AUGUUUCCUCUGUUUACGGACAGAGCGCAUGUCAGUUGUCUCUCUGAUACUGGACAGAGCGGAACUCAAUUGAGUCUCGUAACUCAAUUUUGUAUCUGUCUGCGGACAGAACGCAAAUACAUUGUGUCUCUGUCUGCGGAAAGUGUGCAUCGCAGUUGUGACUCUGCGGACGGAGCACAACUCAAAGCGCACCGAAAUGGUGCUCUGUUUGCGGGCAGUUGUGUUUCUCUUUGUGGACAGAGCGUAACUCAGUUGUCUCUCAGCCUGCUGACAUGCCGCAACUACACUGUGUCUCUGCAGACAAUGCGCAACUCAUUUGGGUCUCUCGCAACUCAAUUGAGUCUCUGCAGGCAUAACGCAACUCAGUUGUAUCUAUGUCUGUGGACAGAGCGCAGUUCACAUGCAUCUGUUUGCGGACAGAGCACACCCCAUUGGUGUCUGUUUGUGGCCAGAGCGAAACUCACUUAUGUCUCUCUUUGUGGACAAAGCGCAACUACAUCUUCUCUCUGUCUACUGACUGACCGCAACUUAAUUUUGUCUCUGCGAACAAAGCGCAACUUAUGUGUGUGUCUGCAGAGUGAGCGCAACUCACUUGUGGCUCUGUUUUCAGACAGAGCACAACUCAAUUGUGUCUGUAGACAGGGAGGACCUUAG